AUCUAUAACUCACAUUUCUAUGUGAGUUUGGUCAGGUCACCCAAAAAAGUUAAAUAUUGCAGCUUUAAAGUGGUUUCAGUCUGUUCAGCAAGAAGAGAUGUAUGGGUGUGGUACAGAGGCCCAAUUGAUUGCCCUGGAGCUUCCUUAGUUAAUGGUCACUGUAGUGCAAUUUCGGAUCAAAGCACAAGCUGCCCAGCUAGGUAGCCUUUAUAGGAAAAAUAACUAUUGUUUUAAAAGUAAAACAACCCUGCAUGAUCACUCUUCAUUAUGAGGACCAAUGGAAAGCUCGGAGACCUAAUAUGAGUGCCAUUAAAGUAAAAUAAAAAUAUAUUUCAACUGAAAAAACAUACCCUGCCAUUAUCAGAGUAUGUCUGGUGCAGUUGAGAAACGUGUCUGUUUCAUAUGCUAUUUUUUACUCAUAAUGGAUGGAUAAUUACACAGAGAGGAGAUGGACUAUUCUCACCUGCGUAGAUAUCUAUAUGAGAGGAAUAUUGCUUCUAGAGUUUUUAUAUCAAAUCAGGAAAUUGGUUUGCCUCACCCACCCAAUGGAAGAACAGUGUUUCAGAGUCCAAUAUGACAUUUAAGCCUCUGUUUUGUAGAUUUGAAAAUGCAUGACUGUAUACAAAUUGUUUUGACAGAGUGUUUUAUCAAUCCAAAUAUCCAUAGACUGACAUACUGUAUUUUGAGAAACCUGUGCGUAAUUUCACUGACUCCAUCGUUGACACGUAUUUGAUUGAUUACUAUCUUCCAUGGACUAUAUCAGUAGAAGCCUAUCAAUGAGAAAUAUAUAGUCCUAAUCAAAUACAAACAGACCGAGUAAAAAUAUAUUUAUUCGUUAUUUUAAAAAUAGACCAAUACUCUCCAAUUGUUUCUCUAGAAAAAUCGAUUUAUAAAACGCAUUACUGGCGCAAAUUCGGGGGGGGGGCUGAACUACGGUGAUUUCCUUUACCAGUUCAGUCCAUAAACUCGAGCACAGACAGCAGACGCGCGAGGCGCAAGCGGUUGGAGCCUGUCUCCCCUCCUUGCCAAUUUCAUUGAACCGAGGACUGCAUUGUUACCAUUUGUGAAGACCCAAGUUAACCUUUUAUUCUCAACAGUUCUUCCUUUUCGUCCUUGUCUUGUAUCUUCAAUAUGUGCUGAUAUUAAAGGGGAGAGGGGAAGGUAGAAUGGGCGAAACCCUCUGGUUCCCUUUGUAACUCUGGAAAUGGAUCCGACGUUCUCGCAGGGAGACAAAGACAAUGAGGUCCGUCUGGAGGGGCUGAGGGGCGGAGCUGGCUUCGUGAGGAUGCCAGAGCACCCCCUGUGGGAGCCCCGUAGCCUAGCCACCCAGCACCUCUCCUCCUGGAUGACGGAGGGUGAGCCCUUCACCUCUCCUCUCUCCCUGCUGCACUCUGCCGGAGGACAGCGCCUCUCCUCUUCCUCUUCCUCUUCCUCAUCAGCGGCCGCUACUGCCCCUGCCGCCGCCAUGACCCUGGAGCAGAAGACCACCUUCGCCCUGGUCCUCUUCCUCUUCGGUGUCCUCCUCAUUCUAAUUGUGCGCUGCUUUCGCAUCCUGCUGGACCCCUACCGCAGCAUGCCCACCUCCACCUGGGCAGACGGCCUGGACGGGCUGGAGAAGGGCCAGUUUGACUAUACACUGGCAUAGGGGGUUGGGCAUCCAUGUACUGUGUACUGUAACACACACACACACACACACACACACACACACACACACACACACACACACACACACAUGAAUAUGCAGAAUGGCUGCAUCCAUCUUGGCUGACGGUCUGGAUGGGCUAGAGAGAAUGAUCAGUUUGAUACCACGCUGUGGUGUAGGGAUACAGACCUACAUGCAUUGAAUGUCAUGAAAUACACACACACAUCCACACACACUCUGCAGUGUGGUUGCAUCCUCCUGGCUUUAUGGUCUGCAUGGGGCAAGAGAAGGGUCGGUUUUACAUUGACAUUUUAGUCAUUUAGCAGACGCUCUUAUCCAGAGCGACUUACAGUUAGUGAGUGCAUAC